CCUCAUCCCCUUUUCGACCUCUCUGUUUCUCGAUACAAAACUCUUCUGCACUAGAUGAAGCGUGAAAUAUCUGCUGAGCUGGCGUCUAUCCCAUGUUUCUGCCCGAGCAAAGGCACGAUGAGCGUCCGGUCAUCUGGGCAGCAGCGCUCCAUCGUGCUAUCUGGGCAGCGCUCGCGAUGGAGCGCUAUCUGGGCAGCAGCGCUCCAUCCAUUGGAAUUUUUGUUACAUUUUUUUUUCCUUGGUAUAUAAGGUAGAGACUCUAACCUCUUCUUCCCCUCUUCUUCCACUCCCGAGAUCUUUGCCCUCAGUUUUGUUUUCCAGUUUUCCGAUUCUCGAUCUCUCUCCGCUCUCUAGAUCUCUUCCACUCCGUGAGAUCCUUCCCUGCAGCUUUCCAGUUCUCGAUCUUUCUCCGCUUUCUAGAUCUCCAGUUCGCUUCAAUAUUCCGUUCAGUUUUUGGAGGAGUUGAUGAUUUCAGUCUCCGCUUGAAUCUGCUUCUAAGUUUCCUUUUCAGACUUAAUUCAAGGUAUUCUGCAUUCAUUCCAGUGAUUAAUUUGGAUCUUCUGUCUUGUUUCAAUCUUAUGAUUCUGGUUCCUAGGGUUUGAUAAUUUCAGUGUUCGUUAGACAAGAAUUGCUUGAAUCUGCUCGUAAAUUUCUGUGCCAGACUUAAUACAAGGUAUUUUGCAUUCAAUUCAACAACGAUUAAUUUGCUUCUUCUUCUCUGCGUAAUCAACUGAAAUGUGAAGCGAUAAUGAUAAAUCUGGAAUUUUCGUGUUUGGAGAUUUUCAUGCUAUUUUGAUUGAAAUUCUUAGUGAUUUUGAGCUAAUUCUAGAACUUCUUUCGCUUGCACAAUGAACUGAGAUGUGAAGCGAUAAUGAUAAAUCUGGAAUUUUCGUGUUUGGAAAUUUUAAUGCUAUUUUGAUUGUAAUUCUUAGUUAUUUUGAACUAGUUCUGGAACUUGUUUGCUUGCCUAAUGAACUGAGAUGUGAAGCGAUAAUGAUAAAUCUGGAAUUUUUGUGUGUGGAGAUUUCUAUGCUAUUCUGAUAGAAAUUCUUGGUGAUUUUGUGAUAGUUUUUAUGGUUCCUCUCUGUCAAUAUAUCUCCUAGGACGUG